GUCGGGAUCGUCGGGAUGAUGCUCAUGAUUCACGGCUACGCCGCUACGGGAGUACAGUACAAGUUUACUCUGAUUUAUUCGAACGACGAUGCCGUAUUGAGUGGUAUCGCGUUUCCGUUGACAUCGUCCAAGGUCCACUACUUGAUUCCGAUUAACGUUAUCCUUCGUGUACGCGCAAGGAUGUCCGCGCCGAAACAGCAACAGAAUGUCGAGCAUAAAGAGAAAAAGAGAAAAGAGAGUAUUCUUGAUCUGUCCAAGUAUCUCGAGAAGAAUAUAAGGGUGAAGUUUGCCGGUGGCAGAGAAGCCGAAGGUAUACUUAAAGGUUAUGAUCCUUUACUCAACCUGGUACUCGACAACACAAAGGAAUAUCUCAGAGAUCCAGAUGACCCAUAUAAAUUGAAUCAAGACACUCGUAUGCUAGGUUUGGUGGUGUGCAGAGGAACAUCCGUAGUGCUUAUCUGUCCUGUAGAUGGCAUGGAAUCUAUUCAGAAUCCAUUUAUACAACAAGAAGGAUAGAUGGGGAGGAUUUUCACAAUCAAUAUGUGUUACAUCUUAGAGCAUUUACAGCGUCGUCGAAAGUGAUUGUUAUCAUUUGUGGAGUGGCUAGUGCUGUAAGAUUUCCUGGAAUAAGAGUCCCUUCCUUAGAACACCAACACGUUGGUAACUGGCAUUUCUGCGUGUCGCAA